AGCAGCUCCGCGUGUCUGCCUUCUUUCUUCUUAUUUUUCUUCUGUAUUCUCUAUCUGGCCGCACUGGUGCUAAUAAAUAACCCGCUACUGUGUUUUUCUUGGUGUUUUAUCGGAAGUCGCUAUUCCUGCUGCUGAUGCCGUACGCAGGCAUGGGCUUCGCUUCUGUGAACCCAUAACGCUGGUCUUCACUCCUCAACAACAAGUAUAUGUAUAUAUAUAUAUUGUUCUUUGCAUCGCGCGGCUGCCGCCAUUUUCUGUCUUCUUCAGAUUGCGGCUUCGAAACAUUUAUUAAUAUCUACGUUUCUCUUUUUGAGUUUGACUCUGCUGUUUUCGGCUCCUUUCAUAAUAUGGAACCGUACUACCUCUUUUUCCUGGCUGGCACCGCCGUCUUUAUCAUCGCCUGCGUCAUCGUAGCGUUCGUUCUGCGGCUCCUCAGCCGUCGAAAACGUGAGGAGGAAGAAGGUGCAGUCGGAAGUGUCGCCUACCCGUACGUCGUGCACAGCCGUGAGGGCCACGAGCCGCUCUCCUCCACUGCGGAGCCGCACGGCAACACCUACCCCAGAGGCUACUACUUCCGCUUCCAACCACUCGACACACACGCGAAUCGCCGCCAAUCUGGGCACGACAGCGAGGACGAGGACGUGCGGCCCAUCAUGGGCGCUGAUGCGCAGGGCAUCCGCAUCUACCGGAGAGAGCCGUGCGAGGGUACGCUAGUGCUGGAUGACGGAGACGGGAGCGGCUACGGCGCCGCCGCGAGUCACACACGAUCGCGGGAGCCGAUUUACUACGGAGAAGCGGUGUACAUGUCACGUCCUGGCAGCUCCGUCCCACCGGCCGCACGCGUUGAGAAGCAAGACUAG